AUGUCCGCUUACUCGGAUGACGAGGAGCAUGAUCCUCAGGCGGAUGAGCUCCGCGAAACCGCUUUGGUCACGCUUGAGGCUUUGAUCAGCUCCUGCAAUCAACAAAUGCAACCAUACUUGAUGAACACCACUCGAUCCGCACUUCGAUUCCUUAAAUAUGACCCCAACGUCGCCGAAACGGAGGAUGACGAAGAGAUGGGCGGCACCCAAGAUGAUGGCAGUGAAGAUGACACCACGGAGGAUCCCGACAUGGACGAUGAAUUCGAAGACUUUGAAGAGGAAGGCGGUUACAGUGAUAUUGACGACAUGAGUUGGAAGGUGCGUCGAUGUGCUGCCAAGCUACUCUACACUGUGAUCUCCACCUACGGUCAUGCCCGCGCCGCAGACAACUCGGCACUGUUCCAACAAAUCGCCCCCGCCCUUGUCUCUCGCAUCAGCAAAGAACGGGAAGAGAGCGUGAAGUUGGAAGUUGUGUCCACGUUGACCGCGCUGGUCCGCAAAACUGGCGAGGGCUCCAUGAUUGUCACUUCCAACGACUUCCUGGAGGCCGUAGGAGGAUCGAAGAACUCUCGAAAGCGCAGACGCCAGGACAGCGACGCAUCCAUGAUCGACUUCGAGCCAAGCGCUAGCACCUCAUCGGCAGUAGACUCCCCCGUCAUUCCAUCAUCGCCCAAGUCUGGUCCUCAGGCCGAUCUGGCUCGCUCCGUUCCUUUGAUUGUUCAGAACCUGGUCAAGGUGUGGAAGCAGGCUUCGAUUCCCCUCAAACAGGCCGCAAUUAUUCUUCUCAAAAGUCUUUCCUUGGUUAGGUAUGGAGGCCUUUCCGACCACCUCCAGCAAAUAGAGGACCUUAUCGCAGAUGCAUUGGAAACCUCCUCCCUUUCAGGAAGCACACCGGCUCACACUGGAGCUGCUGUCAGUGCAGGUACUCUGCAGAUUGAAACUUUAGGGCUCAUCGCAGCAAUCGCUGAGACACAUCUGUCUGAUGCUCUUCUCCCAUUCCUGAUCGCGCUGGUGCCCGGAGUUAUUGCAGCUGUCAAUGAUCGCAAUUACAAAGUCAGUAGUGAGGCAUUGGGAUCUGUGGAACAGAUUGUCAAAGCCAUGACACCCCCUCGCUUUUCUACCAAUCCUUCCGAUGUCAAUUCACAGCUGCAGAAGCUCUAUGACGUUGUUCACGCUCGAAUCACCGAUACGAGCGCUGACCUUGAAGUCCGUCAACGAGCCAUCCAUGUCUUCGGUGUCAUCAUUGCCCGUACAUCAGGAGAACGGGGCUUAGAUUUCCUCUCAGCAGAGCGGAGAUCCAGUGGCCUGGCUGUUUUGGUCGACCGAGUGAGGAACGAGACAACCCGCCUAUCCACUGUCCGCGCUGUCGAUGAUGUUGUUGUACUCGCCGAACGCAAGCAGGAUGUUCCUAGUGACUGGGUGAACAUCGUUGCUGUUGAGCUCAGCUCUAACCUGCGGAAAUCAGAUCGCGCAUUGAGGGGCGCAUGCUUGGAGGCUCUUCGUAGUUUGUCUAUGAACCCCCAUGUCCGAUCUCACCUCAGUGCAGAGACAAUGGUGGUACUCGAAAACGCCGUGUUGCCUCUCCUAGCCGCCGCAGAUUUCCACACCCUGACCCCGACCCUUAUUGUCAUUGCCAAGCUCCUCCCCGGAAACUCAAAACUACUGGUGAACGAUGCUUUGAUCUCGUCUAUCUGCGCAAUCGUGAAAAAGCCAUUGGUUGGAACCGUCCUCAAGGCUUUGCUACUGCUCGUUAAAGUUAUUGGCGACGAAGGCGCAGGUGCCAGCUUGAUGCAAAACCUCUUGCGAGAUGUUGGCAUCACUGGUGACUCUUCCGUGGUCGGCAGAGCUGUUGGUACCCUCCUGGUCCACGGCGGACCAAACCUCGGAGUCACGAUGGACGAUUUCUCCACAGAGCUGAAGACCGCGCGUGACGAUAGCCGGAAAUGCCUUGCGCUUGCUAUAUUGGGUGAAAUUGGCUUGCGAAUGGGGCCCGAGUGCUCCCUGUCCCCAGACCUUUUCAUUCCUCACUUCCGAUCCGAAUCAGAUCAAGUUCGCCUGGCUGCCGCUACCGCUCUCGGAAAUGCUGCCGCUGGUAGUGUCAAAGCAUACCUUCCCAUCAUUCUCAAUGGGUUGGAGAAAGAAAACCCUCAAAGCUAUCUGCUACUUCAUUCCGUGCGAGAGCUGCUGCAACAUCCUGAGGUUGUCCGUCCCGAUCUUGCGCCAUCGGCUCACAAGCUGUGGCACGCUCUUCUUAUUGUCUCAGAGGAGGAAGACAACCGCGCUGUGGGCGCGGAAUGUGUCGGACGCCUGGCCCUUCUUGACCCCGUUGCUUAUAUCCCCCACUUCCAAGAAUAUUUGGCCAACUCCGACCCCGCCGUCCGCGGUGUGGUGAUUUCAGCAUUCCGCUACACGCUUGCCGAUUCAAGCGAUGCUUACAACGAUGUCCUUCGCCCGUUGAUGGUCCCACUGUUGACCAACAUGCUCGGAGACAGCGAUCUGGGCAACCAUCGCCUUGCAUUGACAACCCUCAACUCUGCAAUCCACAACAAGAUGGAGCUUCUUCUGCCCCACCUCGACGAGCUGCUACCGGCUGUGCUUGGCGAUACCAAGAUCAAGCCGGAGCUUAUCCGUGAAGUACAGAUGGGUCCGUUCAGGCACAAGGUGGACGACGGACUCGAUCUGCGUAAGAGCGCCUACGAGACCCUCUACGCUUCGCUCGACACCUCGUUCUCCCGCACCCACAUGACCGAGCUAUUUGAUCGUAUCCUCGCCGGUAUCGAUGACGAGCAAGAUAUUCGUGCGAUCAGUAACCUCAUGACUUCCAAGCUGAUCAAGAUUGCGCCUGAAGCCACCGAGCGCCAUUUGGACGCGUUGUCAGAGCGCUAUACCGCUGUCCUUUCCUUCAAGCCGAAAGACAACGCCGUCAAGCAAGAGUUGGAAAAGGCCCAGGAGGCGUCCCUGGGUAUUUUGAAGAUCACCAGGGAGCUCUGCAAGGCGUUCGCCGGGGCGGAGGCAUCGGGCGAUCUUCACAAGUGGAAGGCCUACUUGGAGUUUGUGCGGAAGAACUUUCAGCAGCAGUUCGCCUCGUUGGAGAACGACUUCUGA